AUGAUCGAGCACGCAGCGAAAUAUGGCAGUACGGAGCCAUUGGCGAGGUCAUUAAAGAAGGAGCUACUUCUGAAGUGGACCUCAGCUAACGAGUCCCCGGCUAAGGCGCUCAAGGUGCUAAAGCUCGACAAGGAGGCAACUGGUCUUGCUUCGAACCCUGCUUUGGCUAUGCUGGCGGACUACGUGAAUGUGUGGAACCUCAAGAAGCCCAACCAGAAAACGAAUCUGAUGAACACCAUCAUGACGUCGUCAAACUGCGAUGACGCUAUCGUGGCUCGGGCCCUCGAAGCGGCGAAACAGGCCAAGGCCUCGGAAGAUUGGGCAUUGCAAUUGCAGGGGUUCCAGUUCGACCGCUGGGUGGAGCUCGGGUACAGCCCAAAGAAGAUGCCCGGGGCGGUAUUCGGCACCAAGCCCACCGCAGAGGAGGCAUCAAUUGUGAAACAAUACGCCGCGUACUACAAAAGCCAGAAGACCGUUUUCGACGCGAUUAAAAGUUUAUCGUAG